CCGGCGCCGCUCCCUGCGCGGGACUCGCGGAGCGGCACUGGGCAUGCUCAGUCGCCGGAUCCCGUCCUGGUCUCAAGUAGGAAGCUCGUGCGCUGCACCCGCAGCUGAUCCGGGCGCUCCGGGGAGGGCGAGACUGGAGCAGAGCUGCCGGGCGCCAGAGCCGAGGCGAGCGCCGCGCGCAUCGCCGGUUGGAGCUGCUGUGGGUGAGCCGCUGCGUCUGUAGCCAAGCAUGCUGUGGUCGGAUCUGCCCAGCCGUGGAACAGAAACAUUUGCUGGAUGGAAAAUCCAUAAAAGAAAGCUGCUGUGAAAGCCUGAGACAGACGAUACCUUAAGCAAAAUCAGAUAUAUUUGGGCUGCCUGACCUCACUGAGUGAUUGCUAUUAAUUAACAGACUUUGCGGGAAAAGGGGAGCUUGCCUCCUGAGCUUUGUACCAAAGACCUGGGAAAAAUUUCAGAUUAUAACCGAUUUCCUGCGCCAGCUUGGACGUCCAGUGAUCCAUGUCAGAAGUACUUCCAGCUGACUCAGGUGUAGACACUUUGGCAGUGUUUAUGGCCAGCAGCGGAACCACAGACGUUGCGAAUCGGAACAGCCCAGCCACACCGCCAAAUACCCUUAAUCUCCGUUCCUCCCACAAUGAACUGUUGAACGCUGAAAUAAAACACACAGAAACCAAGAACAGCACACCCCCCAAAUGCAGGAAAAAAUAUGCACUAACUGACAUCCAGACAGCCAUGGGCCUCUCAGAUCCAGCUGCACAGCCCCUGCUGGGAAAUGGCUCUGCCAACAUCAAGCUGGUGAAAAAUGGGGAGAACCAGCUCCGGAAGGCUGCAGAACAAGGGCAACAGGACCCCAACAAAAAUGUCAGCCCCACUGCAGUCAUCAACAUAACUUCUGAGAAGUUAGAGGGUAAAGAGCCCCACCCACAGGAUUCCUCGGGCUGUGAAAUCUUACCCUCCCCACCCAGGAGAACCAAGAGCUUCCUAAAUUACUAUGCAGACCUGGAAACCUCAACCAGAGAACUCGAGCAGAACUUGGGCAACCAGCAUAGGGUUGUGGAAGAGAAGUCCCAGCCGGCCCAGGGUCAGGCCUCCACCAUCGUUGGGAAUGGCGAUUUGCUGCUGCAGAAACCAAACAAACCCCAGUUCAGCCCUGAAGAUGGCCAAAUAGCCACAGUGUCAUCCAGCCCGGAGACCAAGAAGGAUCAUCCUAAAACGGGGGCCAAAACUGAUUGUGCGCUGCACCGGAUCCAGAACCUGGCACCAAGCGAUGAGGAGUCCAGCUGGACAACACUGUCCCAAGAUAGCGCCUCACCCAGCUCCCCGGACGAAACAGCAGAUAUAUGGAAUGAUCACUCAUUUCAGACCGAUCCAGAUUUGCCACCUGGCUGGAAAAGAAUCAACGACAUCGCUGGGACCUAUUAUUGGCACAUACCAACUGGAACGACUCAGUGGGAACGCCCUGUCUCCAUCCCAGCAGAUCUUCAGGGUUCUAGGAAAGGGUCAUUUAGUUCUGUAACGCCGUCUCCCACCCCAGAGAACGAGAAACAGCCAUGGAGUGAUUUUGCUGUUCUGAAUGGGGGAAAGAUUAAUAGUGACAUUUGGAAGGAUUUGCAUGCCGCCACAGUUAACCCGGACCCCAGCUUAAAAGAGUUUGAAGGAGCAACACUACGUUACGCAUCUUUGAAACUCAGAAAUGCUCCACAUGCUGAUGAUGACGAUUCUUGUAGUAUCAACAGUGACCCAGAAGCCAAGUGUUUUGCCGUGCGCUCUCUGGGCUGGGUGGAAAUGGCAGAGGAGGACCUCGCCCCUGGUAAAAGUAGUGUGGCAGUCAACAACUGCAUCAGGCAGCUUUCUUACUGCAAAAAUGACAUCCGAGAUACAGUCGGCAUCUGGGGAGAGGGGAAGGACAUGUACCUGAUCCUGGAGAAUGACAUGCUCAGCCUGGUGGACCCCAUGGACCGCACUGUCCUCCACUCGCAGCCCAUCGUGAGCAUCCGCGUGUGGGGCGUGGGCCGAGACAACGGCCGAGAUUUUGCUUAUGUAGCAAGAGACAAAGAUACAAGAAUUUUGAAAUGUCAUGUAUUUCGAUGUGACACACCAGCAAAAGCCAUCGCCACAAGUCUCCACGAAAUCUGUUCCAAGAUUAUGGCCGAACGGAAGCAUGCCAAAGCCCUGGCCUGCAGUUCCUUACAGGAAAGAACCAACGUGAACCUCGACGUGCCCUUGCAAGUAGAUUUUCCGACACCAAAGACUGAGCUGGUCCAGAAGUUCCGUGUGCAGUACCUGGGCAUGUUACCUGUAGACAAACCAGUCGGAAUGGAUACCCUGAACAGUGCCAUAGAAAGUCUCAUGACCUCAUCCAACAAGGAGGACUGGCCAUCAGUGAAUAUGAAUGUGGCCGAUGCUACUGUGACUGUCAUCAGUGAAAAGAAUGAAGAGGAAAUCUUAGUGGAGUGUCGUGUGCGAUUCUUGUCCUUCAUGGGUGUCGGGAAGGAUGUCCACACGUUUGCCUUCAUCAUGGACACUGGGAACCAGCACUUUGAGUGCCACGUUUUCUGGUGCGAGCCGAAUGCUGGUAACGUGUCCGAGGCAGUGCAGGCUGCGUGCAUGUUACGAUACCAGAAGUGCUUGGUAGCCAGGCCGCCGUCACAGAAAGUUCGACCACCUCCUCCGCCAGCAGACUCAGUGACCAGAAGAGUCACAACCAAUGUAAAACGAGGGGUCUUAUCCCUCAUUGACACUUUGAAACAGAAACGCCCUGUCACAGAAACGCCCUAGCUGCAUAUGUUAAAGGAGUCUCUAAUAGUUACCUGAAGAUUGAACAGCUACACUAAAGAAGAUGAACUGAUGUCUGGCCUUCCAUUCAGUUGCUGAUGCUUUGUCUUCAGAGAAUUUAUCCUUAACCAAACAGUGUUAGACAAGCAUGUUCUCAUGUCUUGCCACCAUCAUGUGAUAUGAAAAGAAGCAUGACUAAUUUUUUUUGCUGUCAGUAAGUUACAUCAUGAGCAGUGGAAGGUCUUUUUCUUAUUGUAAAUAUCGUGAACAUUGCUUAACUUCACACACACACACGAAUGUGGCCACACCCCUCCUAGUGAACUAAUCCUGAGUCCUUGGAGUGAAUGACGUCUGAGUUAGUGUCACUGUCUUCUUGACUGGAUCUGUCACAAGCAACUUUUAAGUCCUACAGCACUUUGCCCUGUUUUCAACAUUGGAGUAGACACUGCUUACCAGAUACCAUUGAAAUGCUGUAAAAAUAGGAUGAUGAGUUUUUGUUUUAGUUUUUCAUAAAAUUGAACCUUUUGGUUGACAACAUUGGCUGUAGGCAUCAGUACAGAAACCAACUGGCAGCUUUCCUUGACGAGCUCUUUGACACAUGGACACCAUUUCAUGUCUACAGCUGUUUGUGGGAUAUUGGGAAAAAGUGAAACUUCAAAAUUGAAAAACAAACUAAAUUUCAGAAAUCAAAAUCGAACAAAAAUAGCCUUUCUUUUCAGAUGGUUUUCAAACUGAUUAUUAAGAAAAAGAAAGAUGAACAAAAUCAUAAUGCAUUUCGGGUGGGA